AUGGAUCCUAAAUGGGACCAGCUUAAGCCUGUGGUACUAGAUGAAUCCGAAUUCAUCAAGUAUUAUUAUGACCAAAUAGCUACUUUAAUUAAUGUCGAAAAGGACAUAAAUGACCCAAAAUUUAAAGAAUUUGUUAUACCGAAACACUCAUUUACUGCGAUACAACUAGCGACUGUGCCGCCUAGUGAGAUAUCACUGAGCGCGAGAUGUGUGUUACUUGGCGGUAUUCCAGAGCUGUGGUAUACGCAGCAUGCCAACCAUAUUCAAAAGGUGAUGUCGAAAAUAGUUCCUCGAAGGAAUAAGGGUAAGAUCCGAUAUGUGUACCCAGCUCAACAGCCGCGGUAUAACAGGAACAGGCAUGCACUACGUCCCAAAAAGGGAGGGGUUUCUCCGAAGUCAGCUAGCUAUUCACCAGAUCAAUUGAGCAGUUUAGCGGUAGAGAUGCAGGAGAGCGGAUUACCGUCCCAGUUGUUAACUAAGAAGACUGAUUGCACUACUGGGAUUGUGACAGGGGCAGUUAGUACAGGUCAGAUAGUUGAAGUGGGAAGCAGGCUGAUGUCGCCGGAUGAAAAAGCACCCUUUGAAAUAUGUACUAACAACCUACAAAAUCUUAACCUGGCUUAUGCAAACUCAUGCCAGCCUAACAAUAUCCUUGCUAUACCACCUAAGGCGAAUUCCGUCCCAACAGUAAAGUUUGACACAGCAAACUCACCUUUGCAAUAUACAGAUGAUAUUAUGAAUUUGCUUCUUCGACUGAAGUAUGCAGGUUCAGGUGCAUCUACUGUGAACGGUGACGGUACAUCUGUCUAUUGCUCUGCCGAAGAUUGCUUAAAUCCAACUCCCGAUGAUAAAGAUAAGAGCACCAGUACAGAAGUACUAUCGCACAGUUCUUCUGUGCUAACCAAAGAAACAUCUCAUGCUAAUGAAGGAGAGAAAUCUCGAAGACUGAAAAACGAUCUUAUGCUCGAUUAUAUUAGAGAUAAUGAAGCCUUGACCAGGCACAGCAGUAAAACCUCUGUUGUGAAGUUUGAUUUAGUGACUGGCAAGCAAGGCGAGAAAGCAACAGACAGAUCACCUGAGGUGGAAUUAAAGUUGUUAAAACCUGAGCCUGAAAAGCUACCAAUCCCCAAGGCACAGGAAGUCUUAUCAUCCUGCCUGACGUGGGACGAACCCUUGAAAGGAUCUUGUGGGAUAAGUAACCGUGCUAAAAGACUCUUUAGUUAUGAAUGGAAUCAGGUUAAGUCAAUUGAGUCAGACUUUAAGAAUAAGUACUUUAGUCGCUAUAGAAGGGGACAGGUUGUGAAAAUGGAAAAAAUGCUAGUUCUAGUGAAAUCUGCUGUCUCAGUAACAUACCCUCCGACAACAUUUUCUGAUGUGGAACCAAUUGAUACAAGGGUAUACGGCCGGUGGAAAGAAUACAUUGUAGCCGCUCGUGCUACUGGAAAUCCAGAAUUUCCAAUUUAUAUCCAGUUCUUUGAUAAGAGGAAUGCCCUGAAGAUUGAGAAGUGUAGAAAUGCUGCAAAAUCCAUGGAUUUUACGUUAACGGAAUCGUGCUCGGUUGGAUUCUACAAUUACUUGGAUCGAACAAUAUAUAUUUUAAAACCUGAUGACAAGUUGGAGAGAGAUGCCAAGGAGGGUACGCUAAAUGAAAAAGGCCAAGCCUAUAAGCCAUUGAAAAUAUACAUACUUCGGUGUAGUACUAUAAAGUCAUCCGGUAAAUGGUUUACGUUUCUAAAGGAAUCUGUUGGUGUAAAAAUUAUUCCAGAUGCUGUCGACAUACGAAUCCCUCAAAUGAAGUUGUCCUUAUCCAUAUCGCUUCCAGUCCACGCUUUACAAGAGAUGCGAGAAAAAGCAUCACAGGAAGAGUAUGAGCUACGGAUAUUGCAAUUACCAAAUGGAUACAGAGUUGUUCCGAAUCCUAUAUUACGGUAUAUGGGCUUAGUGAUUAGAGAUAUGUUAUUGGAUGCGGGAUACAAGGAUGUUGUCAAGCAGUGGGAGAGCGAAAAUAUACCAAUGGGAUUUGGUUGGAAGAGAUAUGAUAUGCUAGAAUGGAUCCUGGGUGAUCAGAUUGAUGCAUUAUACGGAUCAUUAUUCUUAACUUCAUCUCAUAUCCUAGAAUAUCGUCCGAUGGUAGGUUAUCCCAGAAAGGUCACGUUAGGGAACGGCGUUGAAAUGAAAGAGCCGGCACCUAUUGAAGGGUUCCUUGCCAUAUGCUUACCUAGAAACCAAGAUAGGUUAAAAGACCCAUUUACAAAUCGUUAUAUUAAGCUAAAAUACAUGUUUACUUGUAAUGGGGUACUCUUUUAUACUCGAGCUAUGAAAGGUAUGCCUCCCCUACCGACACUUAACAUGAGUGGUAUGAACGGUAAGACGUUUAGGCUGAAUAAUCUACAGGAAAUCGUGGAAAGUAUUUCCGACAUAUAUGAACAUAACCCCUAUCCGCUUGAUUCAAACAAUCACAUAAGUUGGUUAAAUAGCGAAUUACAAGCAGAAGAGUUCGAUGAACUUGAUGACUUUGCAUUGCAAUCUGCAAGAAGGAGACUUACCCAAAUAAUACAAUCAGAAUGUGCCAUAGAUCUCACGCAAGUGGAAACCAUCAGCACACUAGAUGUAAAAGAGGCGUGCGGCAUUGCUAAAUCGAUUAAUCUUUGGAAUACCUCUAAUAAUGACUUUUGGAACAUCGAGCAGUCAUUAGAUGAAACGGUGAAGUCUAUCAUUGUUAUAAAUAUGAAAAGCGGCUCGUCAAUGAAACUUCUCGCUCCAAGUGUGAACGCUGCUAAUGAGUGGAUCAAAAGGCUCAACGAUCUAUCCCUAUACUGGACUUACCGCCUACAAAAGGACCAGGAAGUCAUGUGGGAAACAAAAAUGGUGAACUUGAAGAUGUUAAGGAUACAAGAGCAAAACGAAUACAAUAUUUUAGGAAAUACUCCUAAAUGGGUUACAGAACGGGGGGUAGCCAAUGACGCUAUCUAUAAUAUAAGCUCACAUGCAGUAUUAAGACCGCUAAUCCUCCAGGGGAUAUUAUGCCAAAAACCUCGUAAGCACUCUGUUUUCAAGAAGUGUUACGUCGUUCUUAUCCAUGGAUAUAUCAUUCUUUUUGAAUGUUCAAAACGGUCUUUUACGGGGAGCGCUUAUGUUAAGGUUGGGUAUUCACACCAUGCCACAGUUCCUAUAGAAGACUGCUAUAUCUAUUCCGGAAAUAUAACAUCGCAUGAUUUAUUAGGAAGAGACCGUGAGUUCAACAGUUUGAACCCUGGAAACAAAGCGUUACCCAGGGUCUAUCUGGAUGGCUGGAAGUCUUUAGAAGAUGAACCAUAUCGAUGCUUCACACUAUGGUUUGGCACAAAGAACACCCAUUCAAAGAGUUGUAAAUUACCCAAAAAACCGAACCCUGCUCUGGGCCCCGAUAAUUCAAACCAACUCCUCGAUGACGCUUUAGAUUAUCAAGACCAACUUUCUAUUUCAGAAAUUGCAAAAAUACCUGCUGAACAUGUACAACUGAUAAACAGGGUAUGCUUGACUGGUAAGUCGAUGGUAUUUAUGGCAAGAUCAAGACAAGAAAGGGACCUUUGGGUAUAUAAAAUUCAUUGCGAAUUAGAAAGGAUCAAGCAUGGUGGAGAAUAUAAUGAUUAUAAGUAA